AUGGCGACCGCUGCCUCCCCGCCGCCGCCGGCCCUCACCUUCCCGCGCCCCAUCUUCGCCGCCGUCUCGCCCCACCCGUUCCUCCAAGCACACCUCUCCGCUGACAAGUCGGCGAUCCGCGCAAACGGCCGCGCCGCGCACGAGUUUCGCGCCCCAGGCGUACACACAGGGAGCCUGACACACUGCAAUGGCUCCGCCGUGGUGCGGCUUGGCAACACCAGCGUGGUGUGUGGCGUGCGCGCCGAGAUCCUGCGCGAAGAAGACACACCGGGGACCUCGGCGCGCGAAGUCUCAAGUGAAGAAGAAGACGACGAAGAUGCAGACGCAGACGCAGACGCAGAUGCAGACGAAAUAGACGCCCUGCGCCUCGUCGUCCCCAACAUCGAACUCAGCACCGGCAGCACCCCCGCGCACAUCCCCGGCGCCGCACCCUCGACCACGCAACAAGCACUCACAACCCGGCUGCGCACGCUGCUGCACAGCACGCGGCUGCUGCGUGCGCGCGACCUGCACAUCACCCACACGCCGGCCGUGAACCCGGAGGACCCUGAUGCCGCGCCCGCCGCCCAGCUCAAGGGCUACUGGGUGCUGUACCUGGACGUUGUCUUCCUCUCGCUGGACGGGGGCGCCUUCGACGCGGCCUGGCUCAGCAUCGUGGCCGCGCUGCGCCACACGCGACUACCGCGGGCGUACUUCGACGACGAGCUCGACGGCAUACUGUGCAGCGACGCGCCUGCGGAGGCCUCGUCGCUGCGUCUACGAGGGCUGCCCGUGGCGAGCUCGUUUGCCGUGUUCGAGGGACGGGGUGCGGGCGAGGGCGAGGGCGAGAAGGGCGCGGACUGGGUACUGAGCGAUCCUGAUGCGUUUGAGGAGGGUGUGUGCAGGGAGGCUGUGACGAUUACUGUGCAUCGGGGGACGGUGUGCAGGGUUGAGAAGAGCGGCGGGGGUGUGGUUGGGAGGGAGACGAUGAAAGCGUUGGUUCAACGGGCGGUGGAGAGGUGGGAUGUUGUUGAGGAGGCGGUGAACGGGAGAGCUUGA